AUGAAGGUCAAGGGCUGUCUGCAGCCCCUGGUGGAAUCCAGGCUGCCAACGUCAGUCCUUCCACUUAGAGCAGUUCUUGUGCAGUCUUUGAUGCAAGUCAACAACAUCCUGGGAUUGGGACACACUUUCUGGGCACUGCUGGCCAGUCCCAAAAUGGAACAUAAGGAAGUGGUUCUUCUACUUCUUUUAUUUUUGAAAUCAGCACUGACGGAGCAAAGCCACAGGGUCCAGGACUGCUACCAUGGUGAUGGAUUAGGAUCAUUCUCCACCACUGUCACAGGAAGGACAUGUCAGUCUUGGUCCUCUGUGACACCACACCAGCAUCAGAGGACCACAGAAUACUACCCAAAUGGCAGCCUGACCAGGAACAACUGCAAGAAUCCAGAUGCUGAGAUUCGCCCUUGGAGUUACACCAUGGGUCCCAGUGUCAGGUGGGAGUACUGCAGCCUGAUGCAAUGCCUGGUGACAGAAUCAAGUGUCCUCAUGACUCCCACUGUGGUCCUGAUUCCAAGCACAGAGACUCCUUUUGAACCAGCACCAGCUGAGCAAAGUCCUGCAUUCCAGGAGUGCUACCAAGGUGAUGAACAGAGUUAUUGA